AAACAACUAACAUUUGAAAUCAAAUCACAACAACUUUAUUUGAAGAAAGCCCAAAUAUUAUUAUUUUUAAAAAUUUUUUUAACUUUUUUUCAAAAGUAAUAAGAGUUUCGAAUACGUUUUUAUUAUUGAAAAUAAUGACAAUCAAUUAUUCAAGAAUGUCCGACUUUCCUAACGGGCUUUGCGGAUGCAAUGAUGUAGGAUUAACUUGUGUUGCAUUUUGUGCGCCAGCUAUAGUAGCCGGUAAAAAUGCAGAGCAUGUUGGAGAUAAUUGCUUUAUUUACGGCUGGUUAAGCACAACGUGUUUUGGAGUGUAUAUAAGGGCAAUGACACGGGAAAAAAUCAGAAAGAAGUACAAAAUAAAGGGAACCCUAUGCAAAGAUCUAUGUGCUCAUAUGUUUUGCCCAGUUUGUGCUACAAUUCAGGAAGCUCAGGUUAUCAGAUUUCAUGAAUACCAACAAGAAGUUUUAUCAAAUGUGCAUAUUGUUCGUGAGUAAAGCUGAAUACAAGUUUAACCGACGAAUUAGUUUAAAUUGUCUAAUGCGCUUUUAUAAAAUGCGAAAUAAUAGUGUAUUUUUUGUUUUGUUUUAUAAUAGAAAAGAUAUUUAAAAGAAAAAGUUAAAA